AUGAAUACGCGUGAGAGAGACUCGUAUCAACUCAAAAAGGUGUUUCGAGACGCCUUGCCUAACUCGAACACGGCAGCAGACAGACUUCAGGUCGCCAUGGGAUUCGAGUCAGGAGAAAUGAAUAAUCACGGACAGCUCGUUGUCGCACCCUGGCAUAUGCCUCUGCCUAGGGAACUACAAGGCCAGCCUCAGAAGAGGCCUCUUCAAUCGCUCAAUGCAGCCGCAGCCAUAGCGGCCGAUACCACCAUCGCUGGUCUUGACAACACCAACAUCCCUAACACACAAGCUCAAAUCGGACCACGCCCGAAACGUAGUAGAAGAAGAGGUCACCCAUCUAACCAACUCGAACGCUCACUUCACAACAAAGCUCUCGCCCAGCAUCUUUUCGCAGCUGAGACAGAGGGUUUGGCUCCUCUCCCUUCCACGGAGGCAAAUCUAGAGCCUCUUGUGAAAGAUAACAGACCCCCUUUCAACGCCGAUGAGUUCACGAACAAGGUACUCAAGCGUAAGCUAUCCAUGGUCAGCAUCCCGCCAGCCCCCGUAGACGAUUCUAUCACUGGAGACGUGCCCAAUCUCGUGUGUCAACAAGCCUUUCAACAUUAUCGUCGCAUGACUGGACGUAUGACUAUCAAGAGUGACAUCAAACUCAAAACGGGCAAGUCUGAGUACCCAAAGGCUGUCGAGUACGCAGUCAGACCUGAUACACCAUCACCUCCUCGACGUCGCUCCAUGCCACCCAUCGAAGCAGUGCUGGCUCACGGCUUCAAGACUAUCAACUUUGACCGCCCAGUUGAAUGCAUUACUCCACGCUCACACGCCCAUCACCCAUGGACAAAUCUCCUGUUCAGCCACAAGAUCCUGUCACCUACUCCAGCAUUCCUACUCAACAUCUCUCCCUUCGUCAUCGAUGAGAACAGUAAUGCCCGCUACUGGCAGCCUUCACUGCCACAGAUGCUAUCCCAUCACCUCGCCAACCCAGCAACACUGAUCGAAGAAACACCUAUCCAAAGCUUGACUUUCCACCUACCACCUCCGGACCCGACUCUCGUAGCUACAAGCAACGGAAAGCAACCCAGAACAUCCAAACAUGCCCACUACAAGACCGAAGGGCCCGAAAGCGGCACCGAGGUCAGAAUGAUCAGAAUGAUUCUCUCACCUGCACUCAAUGCCGAUACGGGCAGUGAAGAAGAGGUUUCCCAUACAGAUUGGUUGCUUUUCUGCCUCGGCGAUUCUGGCACACCCACGACAACAAGGGUCUUGCGCUCUGCUUCCCUCGCACCCAAACAUCCAUACACUCUAAUCGCCAUCCCCAGCUACGCAAUCGCCGAGACUGCUUUUGUGCCAAAAAGCCCUGUGCUAUCUACCGAAGGAUCUGCCGAGGGAGAAAAGACACAAGAGACGUUCAGUACGGUACUCAAAUUCAUACUCAGAGGAAGGCUGCCUUUGAUGUUCGGCGUGGGUAGAGACAUCAGUUUUGCGGAUAAAUGGAUCAGAGGAUUCGGAACAGGAAUCGCGAGUUUGGAGGUUGAAGUCAAACGUGGGAACUUGCCUUGUUGGUUGUGA